AAGGCUAUGUUCAUGUUCCUAAAGGCAUUCAUUGGAUCUGGAGUUCUCUUCUUGCCAAAGGCGUUCCAAAAUGGUGGUCUGGCACUUUCUAUUGUACUCAUGGUCCUCAUUGCAUCAAUUUGUUUGUUUGCAUUCUUGCAACUAGUCAAGACCCAAAAACAGAUCGGAGGUUCAUAUGGUACCAUUGGCGGCUAUUUGUAUGGCAAAACCGUCAGAUAUAUCGUCCUGUUCUUCAUUGUUAUAUCCCAAAUCGGCUUUGUCUGUUCGUAUUUCAUUUUUGUCUCUGGAAGUUUGGUAAAGGCUGUCGACGUCCUUUCAUCAUGCAGAUCACCCAUCCAGGAGAAAUACUAUAUCUGGAUGCCAUUAGUAGUCCUCAUUCCUCUCUCAUUGAUCCGUCAUAUGGCCCGUCUUUCAUUCACUGCUAUUGCCGCGGACAUUUUUAUCAUGUUUGGCCUCAUAUGCGUUGUUUAUUUCAGCGGCUCUCAACUUGCAACUAACGGUGUGGGUCCCAAUGUCCAGGCCGUCAAUCCAGCAAAUUUUGCUCUCAUGAUUGGUACAGCAACCUUUUCAUUCGAAGGCAUUGGACUUAUUAUCCCAAUUGUCGAAUCAAUGAAGAGACCAAGCCAGUUCCCUUUUGUCGUGACAGUUGGCAUGAUUAUCGUAUGCUCAGUUUACAUCCUAAUUGCCACCUUGUCCUAUUUGGCUUAUGGUGAUACCAUUCAAGCUGCUGUCAUUUACAACUUUCCCCGGGAUAACAAGUUGACAGUUGCUGUUCAAAUCGUCUAUGCUGCUGCUAUCAUUCUCACUGCACCAAUGAUGCUUUUCCCUGCCCUCAAAAUCCUGGAGAACGGAAUUUUCCAGAAGUUUGCGCCCGGUCAUUACAGCGUAGCCACAAAAUGGGGAAAGAAUAUUUACAGGGUCAUCUUGUGUGUUGUCUGUGCUGCUAUUGCAUUUGGUAUUGGUGGAGACAACUUGGAUAAAUUCGUAUCCUUGGUUGGGUCUGUUGCAUGUGUUCCCUUGUGCUUUAUCUUCCCCGGAAUGUUUCAUCUCAAGAUCGCAACGAACCGAAAGGAUAAAAUCUUUGAUACCCUGUUGAUUAUCUGGGGUGUUGGUAUCAUGGUCUUCACUCUCUAUGUGACCAUCAAUUCAUUUGUA